AUGAGAUACACUCUUGCCGCGGCCUUUAUGUGGCCAUGGAUCGUCAUUGCAGGUUCUUUGACCGAUAUCAAACAUGUUGUAUUCUUGAUGCAGUCCGGAAGAUCUUUUGAUCAUUAUUUCGGGACAAUGUCAGGAGUCAAAGGGAUUGUCACUCCAGGCCAAAGCUCGACAGAGGGUGUACCCGCAGGAUCAUCUAUUUUACCUUGGCCUGCUUCAUACCUCGGCGGUAAUUGGACUGACGUUGCUCAGUGUAUGAUUGGGGGCUACGAUGGUUGGAGCCAGUCGCAUCAGGUAUGGGAUAACGGUGCAAAUGAUGACUGGGCUUCCGCCAACACGCCAAACAGCAUGGCCUAUUUCACAAGAGAUGACAUCCCUACACAUUUUGGAAUUGCAGAAGCUUACACAGUAGGAGAUAUGUAUCAACAAGCCGUAAUGUCUUCAAUUGACCCAAAUCGAGUCUUCUUCUUUUCGGGAUCAGCUGGCAUUCCUGGCGGGCCUCAACAGUCAGACGAAGGUGGCCCAGUACUUCAGGACUCGGCGGGUUGGCCCGGUUGUGGUCACACAGAUCCUAAUUUAGACUGUUGGCCCUUGAAAUGGCAUCCAAUCAUGAAACAUCUCCAAGAUGCCAAUGUCACUUGGCAAGUCUAUCAAGACACUCCAUACGCACAUGGUCAGCAAAUAUUGGCAGGCUUCGAAGACUUCAAUAUCACAGCACCUGGAGAUCCCAUGUACAAUAGAGGCCUUGCAGUUAAUGAAAGCAACUCGUUCAUCACCUUCAUCGAUCAAGCCAUGAAUGGAACAUUACCUCAAGAAACGCUGACUGGUAAAGAUGCUGGAGGAUGGUUCGACCAUGUGCCUCCUACUCAUUCACCCAACGGAACAGCAGGAGAAUGGAUGCAAGAUCCGUACGGAGGUGCUGGCUACACUCCAGCAGGCCCUGGACAAGUCAUGUUUCUAGAGAAAUGGCUGCAAGCGCUUGGGUAUAAUGUAACGACUUCUGAGAUAAACCCAUGGCGACGACAAUAUAUGUCUAAUCUGAUCAAUGCAUUUGACUUCAAUAAUCCGAAUUACUCGGUUCCGAAUCCACCAUGGCCAGCAACACCCCCUAACGACACGGUUCUGAGCAGCUUUUGUGGUCAGUAUCCAGACCGAAAUCCUCUUAUUCCCAUCAACGAGACUCGAUCGUCUGCCCUCGCCACCGAGGAAGGCUUCAAGCAAGUUCGAGGAAACCUUACCGAAGGACGUUACCUUGUAUUCGAACAGAACGGAUAUGCACUGGCUAACACUGGCGGUGCCGAAAUGACAACCAUGGUUGCGACUCCCGAUCACGAACUUAUCGUCCAACAAUGGGUUGUCGAGCAAUAUGAAGCGUUUGUGCCAAAUUUCAAAUUCUACAGCGUUGUCGACAAAAGAUAUGUCGAGAAUGUGGUGAUUGAGUACCUUGGCGCUGAUGUGGGGUAUAGUCUAUUCUGUGACGGGUUAUACUGGGGCAUAGAAAACAACGAGACAGCAGGCAUUAUGCAAUUCAGUUCCAAGCCAGCGGGAUUCAACAUUUACAGCGUCACUUAUGGGAACAGCGCGUGGACUUGA